AUGAGAUUAUCUCCUGGAUCAAGAAAGAAAAAAAAAACUUUCAUCUUAAAGAUUGAUUUUGAGAAAGAUUAUGACAAUGUUAAUUGGAAUUUUGUGGUAAACAUAAUGAGGCAAAUGGGGUUCCCAGACUUGUGGUGUAGGUGGAUCUUAGGAGUUUUAGGUUCGGCGAGGUCUUCGAUCUUAGUCAAUGGCGCCCCUACCUUCGAAUUUCAAUGUGGUAAAGGUAUGAGACAAGGUGACCCACUUUCCCCUUUUCUAUUUCUAAUUGUUGUGGAAGCUUUUUCUUGUUUGUUGGUUAAAGCUGUUACUGGGGGUAUGCUGCAAGGAAUUCAAAUGCCUAACGGUGGCCCGUUGAUUUCUCAUCUUUUGUAUGCGGAUGAUGCCAUUAUCCUUGGAGAAUGGUCAGAUGCUAAUAUUUUAAACGUGGUACGAAUUCUUCGGGUGUUUUAUAUGUGUUCAGGUUUGAAGAUAAAUCUAUGUAAGUCAAAACUUUAUGGUCUUGGAAUGGAUAUGGAUGAAGUGAAGAAUAAGGCUAUGGUGGUUGGGUGGUGGUUGGGUUUAAGGGAGAGAGCACUCCUUUUAAGUAUCUUGGUUUGA